GGCCGGAGGCGGGGAUUCCUCCCGGGGACUCCCGCCUGGGCUGCCCGGCCGCUGCGCGAGGGGAUGAGCAGGGGCCGCAGGCAGAGUGCGGGCUGCGUGGCCCGGGGAGAACUUCAAGGCUCACAGCGGAAGGAGAAGCGGCUGCUGAUCCACCGAGCCCUCACCAGAGACCCUGUCGAUGUGGAGAGCCUUCAGGCGGCGGCAUUCGGCCCCGAGGGGCUGCUUACCGAUGAGAUCCGCAGGAAGGUCUGGCCCAAACUGCUCGGCGUGAACGUGUACAGCCUCCCACCCAAACCAGGGCGGGACGUGCGCCAGAACCACAAGGACUACAACCAGGUCCUCUUGGACGUGCGUCGCUCCUCCCGCCGCUUCCCCCCAGGGAUGCGCGCAGAGCAGCGGCAGAUUCUGCAGGAGCAGCUGAUCGACGUCAUCUUGCACGUCCUGAGGUCCCACUCGGAGCUGCACUACUACCAAGGGUACCACGACAUUGCCGUGACGCUGCUGCUGGUGUCCGGCGAGCGCAUGGCCAUGGCCUUGCUGGAGAGGCUCUCCACGCUCCACCUCCGGGACUUCAUGGACCCCACCAUGGACAGCACCAAGCACAUCCUCAACUACCUGAUGCCCAUCCUCCAGCGGGAGAGCCCUCGGCUGCACAACUUCAUGAUGAGAGCUGAAGUGGGGACAAUCUUUGCCUUGAGCUGGUUGAUCACCUGGUACGGCCACGUCCUGUCCAACUUUCACCACAUCCUGCGACUCUAUGAUUUCUUCCUGGCCUCCCACCCGCUCAUGGCGGUCUACUUUGCUGCUGCGAUUGUCCUGUACCGGGAAGAGGAGGUGCUGUCCUGCGACUGUGACAUGCCCAGCAUCCACCAGCUCCUGUCUCACAUCCCUCCCGAUCUGCCUUACGAGGCCCUUGUUGUGCGGGCCCACCUGCUCUUCCAGCGCUGGCCUCACACUGAGCUCACCAGAGAGGCGGCUCUCCAGCUCCACAAGAGCAUCGCCAUCGGCUCUUUCUUGGAAUUCCAGCAGGUCGCCUCCUGCCAGCGCCCGGAUGCCGUCCUUCGGCAGCAGCGGGAGCACUUGGCGCUCAGCAGGACAGAGGCGGGCCCCCUCCUGCCCCCGGCCGAACACAGCCCCCUGGUGAAGGCAGCCGUCUGGGGGAUCACGGCCACCCUGGGGGCAGCAGCGCUGGCCGUCACCCAGACAGCCUUGGAGUGGGCCCCCGAGUUCCUCCUGCAGCUCUUCUAGUGACCGUUGGGUGAGAUUUCUGCAGCGAGCAACCGCAUGGCUCUGCCCCCAAGGGGGCGGAUUCCCUGGGAUCCUCUAAAGGAUGUGGGGCGGCCGAAACACAGGCUUCUCCUGCCCACUGCUGAUUGAGAACUGCAAGCCAGCAGCCCGUGCCUCUUGAAAGGCUGUGGGCCCCCUCCCCAGGAAAAGGGGGGGCUCCAGAGCUGUCACUGCCAAGAGCCUUUGCUCCCAGCUCCGCACUACCCUUCUGUGUGUGUGUGUGUGUGUUUGUGUGCUGGCUUUGCAUGACCCACAAAGAGUUACAGGCAGAACAUGCUGAACGGAUUCUGGAAAAUACGACAGCUAAACGCCAUGCUCUGGGCUUACAGGGCUUGGGAACCUCCCCAGUCAGAGAGACAGUCGACGCAUCCUCAAGUACCAGCUCCAGGAAGCAGCCUUAGCCUCCACGCCCUGUAGUUGGGCAUUCGAGGAACUGGCUGGCCACUGGGUGAAGCAGGACACCAAACCGGACAAGGCACGGUCUAAUCCAGCAGGGCUCUGUUGAAUUCCUUAGAAGGGCGGGGUCAGGACCGUCCGAAGCAGCCCGUGGCCUCAUCUCAUGUUCUUGGUGGCAAUGCGACUGUUCAUACACUUCGAUUCCGGUCUCCGUCAAGCCACUUGCAUAAGCAGUCUGCGGGCCUUCCCUCCAUCUCUGCUGUCCUCCCCACUUUACAGAUGCAGGGGAUUGUUAAAGGCCACGCAGGCCCGAGGCCAGCCCCACACCUAGAAGUUCUGGGGGAAACUUACUCUGAAAGCACCAGCAGCCUGUGCCUCCCUUGAGUAAGGGACACCGGAUUUCCUCCCCCUGCCCCCAACCGGUUGGGGUUCAGGCCAGGCAGGGACAGAAGCUCUGAACAUCCAGGCAAAGUCGGGUGUCUUUAUAAGUCAUUAUUUAUUAGGAAAUGGCCGACAAGAGGCACUCACCAGAGUGGACGGAGGCCAGAGGCAGGAGGCUGAUCCACUUGCCACCCUAAUGUGCUAGAAAGAGUUCAUUUGAACAUCAUUUUGCUUGCUCCUUGGGCCACAGCUCCUCAGCUCUUGCAUUUCUGGAUUCUACAAAGGUCUCGUUGUGGCUUCUUGAUACUGUGCCCUCUGGCUCGGGCACCGACAACACGGGUGGGUUUUCAGGCACAAGGACACGAAACGGGGCGACUUGCCAUUGCGGUGGUGGCAGCGGCAGCAAACAUCCCUGAACUUGGCCAAGUGGUGGGCUAGUUUUGGUAGCCCCUCCUGAACGCAGAUGCUGGACUCUUUCACACACCCCCACCACCCCCACCACCACCCUUGCACUGGGCAUUUCUGUCUGUUCCUUAACUGGCUGUUGUGGGUUUUCUGGGCUGUAUGGUUGUGCUCCUAACAUUUCACCCGCAUCUAGGAGCAGCAGUGGCGUAGGAGGUUAAGAGCUCGUGUAUCUAAUCUGGAGGAACCGGGUU